GCUGCAGCUCCACAUUCUCUUCAAUCUCAUCGUGUGUGUAGCGUUAAGAUUUACUGCAAUAAUCAUCACAAUAUUAUGUGUCAUUUGUGCUCUUAUGUCUCCAUAUGCAGGUGUGAAGUCAGUUUGUCAUCAUGGAGAACAGAGAGAGACCUUCAUCUCCUGAUCACAGCUGUGUGUCUCUGAAGAGUGACGCAUCCAUGGGUCCUCCUCCUGACCUCAGUGAUGAUCCAGUGACCUCUGACCCCAGGAUCUUCAGGACAAGGAAGAGAUCUUCAUCACCAGAUCACAGCCGUGUGUCUCUGAAGAGUGAUGCAUCCAUCAAUCAUCCUCCUGACCUCAGUGAUGAAGCAGUGACCUCUGACCCCAGAGCAGAUGGAGAGCGAAGCAUCUCUGGAGGAGCCUCUGUCUUCUGUCUGAACAACACGAGCGUUACAGCGUCUCUGAAUAAACAUGAUCAACCAGUGAAUGAUGAACUACAGAGAGUCAAAGACCAGCUCAAAACCAGCAUGAAGAACAAGUAUGAGAGAUUAUUUGAGGGACUGAAGCUCCAGGAGAAUGAAAGCCUCCUGAACAGGAUCUACACACAGCUCUACAUCAUAGAGGGAGAGAGUGAAGGAGUGAAUGAAGAACAUGAGGUUUUACAGAUGGAGAAAACAGCCAGAACACAACACUCACAAGACACUCCAAUCUACUGCAAUGACAUCUUUAAAGCCUCAGCUGAACCAGGAUGUGAGGAGAAAGACCAGAUCAAGACUGUUCUUACUAAAGGCAUCGCUGGAAUCGGAAAAACCGUCUCUGUGCAGAAGUUCAUUCUGGACUGGGCCGAGGGAAAAGCCAAUCAGGACGUAGAUUUCAUGUUUGUGCUUCCAUUUCGAGAACUAAACUUGAUCCGAGAUCAUCAGUACAGUCUUCACAGACUUCUGCUGGACUUUCAUCCUGAACUUCAAGAUCUGGACUCAAAGAUUUAUGAGGAGUGUAAAGUUGUGUUCAUCUUUGAUGGUCUGGAUGAAAGCAGAAUCACACUGAUGUUUUCAGACGCUCAGAAAGUUUGUGAUGUGACUGAGACUUCAUCAGUGGGUGUGUUGAUGUCAAAGCUCAUGAAAGGAGAGCUGCUUCCCUCUGCCCUCAUCUGGAUCACCUCCAGACCAGCAGCAGCCAAUCAGAUCCCCUCCGAAUACAUCAACCGUCUGACAGAAAUUCAGGGAUUCACUGAGCCUCAGAAGGAGGAAUAUUUCAGGAAGAGAAUCAGUGACCAGCAGCAAGCCAGCAGAAUCAUCUCACACAUCAGAAGAGCAAGAAGCCUCCACAUCAUGUGCCACAUCCCCGUCUUCUGCUGGAUCUCAUCCACUGUGCUUCAGAAGCUCCUGGAAGAAGAUCUGAGUGCAGAAAUCCCUCAAACUCUGACUGAAAUGUACAUCCACUUCCUGCUGAUUCAGAUCAACAUGAGGAACCAGAAGUAUGAAGAGAGAGAUCCAGAGAAACUCCUGCAGUCCAACAGAGAAGUGAUUGUGAAACUUGCUGAAGUGGCUUUCAAACAGCUGAUGAAGGGCAAUGUGAUGUUCUAUGAGGAGGACCUGAUUGAGAGCGGCAUAGACAUCACUGACGCCUCAGUGUAUUCUGGGAUUUGCACUGAGAUCUUUAAGGAGGAAUCUGUGAUUCAUCAGAGGAAAGUCUACAGCUUCAUUCAUCUGAGCGUUCAGGAGUUUCUCGCUGCUUUCUAUGUGUUUUACUGCUAUUUAACAAGAAACAUGGAGCCACUGCAUGAAUUCAAAUUUUACAGGUUUAGAGUCUCUCUUUGUAACAUACUAACAUCAGCAGUAGAUAAAGCCCUUGAGAGUAAGAAUGGACGUCUGGAUCUGUUCCUGCGGUUCCUGCUGGGCGUCUCACUGGAGUCCAAUCAGAGACUCUUACAGGAUCUACUGACACACACAGAGAACAGCUCAGAGACCAUCAGAGAAACCACACUGUACAUUAAAAUGAAGAUCAAAAAUGAUGAUGUUGAUGAUUAUUUUAUACAUCCUCCUCUCUCAGCUGGUCAAUCCAUCAAUCUGUUCCUCUGUCUGCUGGAAGUGAAAGAUCAGACUCUGUCCAGAGAGAUUCAGGAGUUUGUGAAAUCAGACAAACACUCAGAGAAACUCUCUCCUGCUCACUGCUCAACAAUCUCCUACAUGCUUCAGAUGUCAGAGGAGCCGCUGGAUGAGUUUGAGCUCAAGAAAUACAACACAUCAGAUGAGGGGAGAAGAAGACUGAUACCAGCUGUGAUCAACUGCAGAAAAGCUCUAUUUUCUGGCUGUAGUCUCUCAGAUCAGCAUUGUGAAAUUGUGUCUUCAGCUCUACAAUCCUCAAACUGUGUCCUGAGAGAGCUGGAUCUGAGUAACAAUCGCCUGCAGGACUCUGGUGUAAAGUUUAUUUCUGAUGGACUGAAAAAUCCAAACUGUCAGCUGCAGAUACUGAGUCUUGCUGUCUGUAAUCUCACUGCUCAAUGUUGUGAGAGUUUGUCUUCAGCUCUUCAAUCCUCAAACUCUGUCCUGAGAGAGCUGGAUCUGAGUAACAAUGACCUGCAGGACUCUGGUGUAAAGUUUAUUUCUGAUGGACUGAAGAAUCCAAACUGUCAGCUGCAGAUACUGAGGUUGUCUGGCUGUAUGGUGUCAGAGGAAGGCUGUGGUUAUUUGUCUUCAGCUCUGAGUUCAAACCCCUCACACCUGAGAGAGCUGGAUCUGAGCUACAAUCACCCAGGACCAUCAGGAGUCCAGCUGCUCAAACACAAACUGCAGGAUCCAAACUAUAAACUGCAGAUACUCAAUGUGGAUCAUGGAGGAGAGAUCAUGAUGACAGCAGGACUGCGAAAGUAUGCCUGUGAUCUCACACUGGAUCCAAACACAGCAAACACUGAACUCAAGCUGUCUGAUGAGAACAAGAGCAUCACAUGCGUGAGAUAUCAUCAGCCGUAUCCUGAUCAUCCAGAGAGAUUUGAUGUUCCUCAGGUUCUGAGUGUUGAGAGUCUGACUGGACACUGUUACUGGGAGACUGAAUGGAGCGGAGAUGAGGCUGAUAUAUCAGUGUCAUAUAAAGGAAUCAACAGGAAAGGAGGAGGGAGUGACUGUUGGUUUGGAUACAAUGACAAAUCCUGGAGUCUGAUCUGCUCUGAUAACAGAUUCUCUGUCUGUCACAAUAAUAACAGAACUGAUAUACCUGCUGACCGUUCAUGCUCUAAUAGAGCAGGAGUGUAUGUGGACGUGUCGACCGGCUCUCUGUCCUUCUACAGCGUCUCUGACACACACACACUCACACACACAUACACACUCACACACUUACACACAUUCAACACCACAUUCACUGAACCCCUCUGUGCUGGGUUUGGGGUUCAUCAGAUUAACUCUUCAGUGUCUCUGUGUGAUAUUAAACGAUAGAGAGACUCUCUGUAAAUAUUUCUGAUGUUCACAUGCACACAAACUCAUCAAAUCUCACAUCGUUACAUUUGUAUUCAUUCAUAAUUAAAUAGUUUUUCAUUCUUAAUCUAGAAGUUAUGAAUCUAGAUCAGACUCAUACUGUUCUGAAUAUUAAACAGAUGAAUAAGUUUGCUUUAAUAUUUCUAUUGUAAACUGAUGAUCAAAUGUAAUAAAAGUGUAUUAGUGACUGAUUUAAUGAUGAAGUGGUUUCUGAAUCUGAUGUGAACUGAUGACAGUAUGAAUAAUGAUGAAUGUGAUUGAGAUCAGCAGAAUGAAACUCAGAAUGAAUCCGUCUCCUGAUCGUCUGCUUUAUAUUUCUGUCUGCGCUGAUUUAAUCAUAUUCAUUACUUACUACAAAACAGAAGUCAGAAGAACACAGACUGCAGGAAAGCAGGUUGAUGAAUGAUGGUUUGCAUCAGUCACUGAACCACUGAGGAGACUGAAGGGCUGGCUUUAGUUCACCACUGACUAUAUUAAAAUAAUGUCAUUAAAACCUCAGUAUAUAAGUCUGCAGUAGUGCACUGUUCUCUACAGCCUUGUAAUGCAUUGUAUUUUUCAAAAAUAUCAUCAUUUCCAG